AUGAACUUGGUCGGUAGUCCUUCAGAAGAAGAAGUAACGAUAACAAGAAUGUUGGAUAAAGUGAUUAGAAGGAGCGAUACCGUCGAUAAAGAAUCACUUUGUAUACAGGCUGGACAAAGAGUGUGGCAUCUCCGGCUCACUGUACACUGUCUGGCAGAUUCGGGAAACCUCCUCGAUUGUGCUUGUCUAGCGGGUCUCGUCGCAUUGAAACAUUUUCGGAGACCUGAAGUAGAGGUCGUCGGGGACAAAGUUACGGUUCAUCCACCGACAUCUCGAGCUCCGCUACCACUUUCUCUGCACCACACACCCUACUGCUUCACUUUUGCAUUUUUCCACGACACAUCUCUACCUAUCGUUUUAGACCCGAAUCAAUUGGAGCAACGGCUGAGUGGGGGACUGAUGUCGAUCGCCCUCAAUGCCCAGCGUGAAUUAUGUGUCGUGCAGAAAAGUGGUGGUGUACCUCUCGCACCCGACGACGUAUUGAAGAUCGUCAAUGUUGCGGUCGAAAAGGCGAAGGAGUUGGACGUAUUUGUUGAAUCUCGGUUGAGGGAAGACUGGGAUGGUCGUAAACUAGAGGUUGAAUGA